AUGGAUACCGGAAUGAAUGCAUCGGAGAAUUCGCAUUCCCAUUCUGAUGAUUUGGAUAAAGGAUCUGAUGAACAGACUGGUGGUGAAUCAUCCUCGAAGAAGACUUCAUCCGAAUUCGACGAAGCACCUGCCCCAAACCUCCAUAAAAAUAGGGAAAAGAAUGAUGUUCCUAAUAAAACAUCGCAAGCUAUUAUGAAAUUACCGAAAUCAGAAAAUGAACCGGUAGUUCUUGAUGAUAAACACGAGGAAAAUUCACAUGCUGCUUCGAGGAGUGAUGAUUCACAAGGCAUGCAGAGUUUCAACACUGUCUUUAAUGCUGAAGAAAUCGAUUCCAACUCUAAAGAGUGUGAAGAAGACCGAGAUAAACAUGACGAAGAGAGUCAAAAUAUCGAGGCGGAGGAGGACUUGGUGUACUCUGGAGAAGGAGAGGAAGAAGAAGAAUAUUCGGAUGAUGAGGACGAAGAUGUGCCUAUUAUAAAUCGCCGAAGACAUUUUGGGGACUCUGAUGAGGAGGAAAGUUGUGAAGAAGAAGAAGAAGAAGAAAUCAUACAAAAUGAACCACAUCGUGAUGUUACAUCUGAAACAGAUGAUAAUAGCGAGCAAGAUCAGCCACAAAUUGAAGAUAGAAUUGCCGACAAGGAAAAGAACGCAGAGGCUGAAGUGGGUGCAAAGGUCAAAAGACCCAAUCGUCGCGAUCCCACUUAUGUCCCUAGAGAAGGAGCCUUCUUCAUGCAUGACGCUAGAGAUGCUUCAGAUAAUGAGGAGAAUGACGAACGACGCCAAUCUCUGAGGCCUAAGCCCUCAAAAAAUCGACCAGGUAUUGCAGCAAAGUGGUCUCAUGAUCUUUACGUUGAACGUGAGCAGCAACCACUUUCAACAAAUGAAAUUAUCUCCCGCUAUGGUUACAAUAUUCGUGAAAGAAGAGUUGAUCAGAUUGACGAGGCAGCUUCUCCUGCAUCUGUUCAAAGGCGUUCAAACAAUCAUGGUGGCCGAGGUCAUAGACGCUUUUAUAAACCAUCCCAAAAUCCUCCCCCUAAAUCUAAAUCAGUUGCUUUCGCCGAGAAUGAUUUCCCUUCUCUUCAAGAAGCCGAAGAAUUAAAUAGAGAACAAGGAUCGCGAAAUUCAUAUCAUCAAAGACGUGGUGGUUUCUCCUUUAGUAGGCGUGGAAACUCCCAUCCAAGAAGUUCUGAUUUCCACAGCAAUAAUCCCCCGAAAAGUGAGGAAUCACAAAUCAGUCAGACUGAACCUCAAAAACGCCAGAUCCGCGGAAAUAAAUACCAAAGGGAUGAAGGUAUUCGUUCUGAUCCCCAAAAACGUCCUCAUGGACGUCUUUAUUUUCAUCCUGGUCCCAGUCGACGGAAUCAAGAUCCAAGACCUGGAGUGGAUGUGCUUACCUAUAACUCUAAUAGUAAGCGCUACUCUACAAAUCGACCUCAAAAUAGUGCUAAUUCUCAGUCAGAACGUCAACCAACAAGGCAAGUGGUGAUCAGAAAUCAACCCAAGCAGAAUCAAAGAUCGCAGAUUAGUAGAUCCUAUAACAAUAAUAGGAAUGCUCAACGACAUGAACAAAAUCGGGGUAGGCAGGACUGCUCUGAUUCCCGUGUUGACCAGAGUAAAGGUUAG